AUGGCUGUAGCCUACACAGCCCAAGAAAUGUACCUAGGAUCCUUACCGGGAGUACCUAUUCGCAAGAGGCAAGACUGGAAAUCAGAGAAAAGAGAAAAUGAAAAGAAUGUGUCUGAUUGUGAACCCAAUGACUACAAUGGCUUGAUCUGUAAGAGAAACUCAAAUCAAGUUUUACUGCUGGCCAGAAUGUGGGCAUUCCCAAAGGAGGAAUUUUGGGGUUUCCUUUGGAUUUCUUGUGUUCUCAUCUCUGUCCAGGCCCAGCAAGGAACAGAAGUCUUUUUGUGUAGCAAUGGGGUCUCCUUGCCUCCUGACAAUGUAUGUGACUUCACAGACCAAUGUGGGGACCAGAGUGAUGAGCAGCAAUGCUGGAAUAAAGAAAGAUGUGAUUUUGAGGAUGGGCUCUGUAGUCUGACACAAGAGCCGAAUCUUCAACUUGGAUGGAAAAAGCAGAAUGGGAUGAGUCACCUAUCAGCUCCAUUUUAUGAUCACAAUGGUGAUGUGUCUGCCUACUUCCUUUCACUUGUCCCCCAAAUCAAUUCUACUUCAAGUUUAAGAAGCAGAAUUUUUCUUCCCACAAGUCACCAGCAUGCUUGCCAGGUCAUAUUCUAUUACUUCUCUAACAAAAUGAGUGGCAAAUUAACAGCAGCUCUCCAAACCAUGCAUGGGGGUCCCAUCCAGCAAGUAUGGCAAAGUCCAACAGGGCCCUUGGCUCAGUGGGAGAGGAUUGUUUUAACCAUUGAGAGCAUCCAGAAAUUUCAGGUGGUUUUUCAAGGUGAAAUGACUUCAAUUCAUAAACAGGAUGAAGUCAUAGCUAUUGAUGAUAUAUCCUUCAGUCCAGGCUGCUUGCCUGCAGUUGAUGAAAAGCUGCCAUACCCAGAAGCACCGCAGUUCCAUCAGAGACUGUGCCUCCCAGAUACAAAUCUCUGCACACUGGAUUCGAGCAAUGAAGAACCGAGGUGGCACCAGACACUUGGGUUUGAAAGGGGCAUGUGCAGCUGGGCCCCAGAGGCAUCUGCUGAGACCCUUUCUUGGAAGCUCCUGGAAGCCAGAGAUGCUUCUACAUUAGGCUCUAUGCCUCCAGACGGCCACUGUGGGGCUGGCCAAGGUUUCUCUCUUUGGAUGCAAGAUAAGCCUACUUCUACUCUUAGGCAGGCUGACCUCAGGGCUUAUCUCAAUAGCUCCGUGUGUCAUUGCCUAAACAACAGCUGCCAUCUUCAAUUCUACUUCUCAAUGGCUAACAGUCUUCUGAGAGUAGGACUUUAUAAGGAUAUGGAAGAAGUAAUAUUUUGGACAUAUAACACAUCAACUCCUAAGAAAUGGGUAAAAGCAGAUAUUUUAAUACCAGAAGAACUGAAGACAUUUAAGAUUAUUUUUGAAGGGGUUCUUCUGAACCAGAAAGGUUUCAUUGGCUUGGAUCAGCUCUGGAUCUAUGCUUGUGCCAAGGGUCUUUCCAGACAGCAUUGUUCAACCAAUGAAUUUGCUUGUGCUAAUGGUCAGUGUAUUGCCCAGGAAUUAGUCUGUGACUCUCGGCAGGACUGUGCUGAUGAGACUGAUGAGGAUCCCACUAUGUGCUCAAAUAGUUUAACAUGUGACUUUGAGUCUGGUUUCUGUGGCUGGAAGCCAUUCGACGCAGAAGAGACACACUGGGAAUUUGUGAAAGGACAGAACAGCCAGCAGAAGCACCUUCUUCCUGACAUGGGUAAUCCAGCAAACAAAAAUCCAGGAACAUUUCUUUAUUUCAGAGCAUAUCAGUCUUCUAGAGUGGCCAGACUUGGAAGUCUUCUUCUGAUAAAAUCAGUUUCUGCCUCUUCCCCAUGCCAGAUGCGGUUCUGGUACCAUUUGUCUCUGCAUUCACACCUCUCGGUUUUUACAAGAAUAUCCCUGGAUGAUAAUUGGCAAAAGCAAGGUACUCUGAUUGGAAUUUCUCAGUGUCAGUGGAGACUCGCAAAAAUUGAUCUUUUUGCCAAGACUAGAGAAUCUUCUCAGCCUUUUCAAGUAAUUCUAGAAGCUACUCUUUUAUCACCAAAUGCUGCUGUUGCUCUGGAUAACAUCAGUCUGUCCCAGGAAUGUGAAAUUUCAUAUAAGUUGCUUCCAAGGACCCACAUACUCAACAAAGUUUUCAAAUGCGACUUUGAAGCCAGUAGCUGCGGCUGGUUUGAAGCCCUCCCUGAGGACCACUUUGACUGGGUGUGGGGCUCAAGAAGCAACCUUUCUGUUGAUGUGGAACACCAGGCACCACCUCUGGAUCAUACGAGCAGCACACCUCAAGGGCAUUUUAUGUUCAUUCUGAAGAACCGUAGCAGUUUGUCACAAGUUGCUAAACUCCAGAGUCCAACUUUCAGCCAGUCAGGACCUGGGUGCACACUUUCCUUCUGGUUUUAUAACUAUGGCAUGUCAGUGGGAGCAGCUGAGCUACAGCUUCAUAUGGAAAAGUCCAGUGAUUCUACAGUCCUUUGGAGAGUCUUAUAUAACCAGGGUGACCAGUGGUCUCGGGCAGCCAUUCAGCUUGGACGCCUCACUCAACCUUUCCAUUUGACCCUCGAUAAAGUCAGUCUUGGCAUCUAUGAUGGUGUCUCUGCUAUUGACGACAUCCAAUUUGAAAACUGCUCUCUUCCCUUCCCUGCUGAGAGCUGUGAUGGACCAGAUAAUUUCUGGUGUCAACACACUAGAGCCUGCAUAGAAAAGUCCCGAAUCUGUGAUCUGGUGGAUGAUUGUGGGGAUCACAGUGAUGAGGAUGACUGCGCACCUGAACUACAAUGUAACUUUGAAAAUGGAAGUUGUAACUGGGAGCAAGACACAGAAGACGACUUCAACUGGACCCGGAACCAGGGUCCCACUGCAACCCUAAACACAGGCCCAAUGAAGGAUAAUACUCUAGGCACAGCUCAAGGGCACUAUCUCUACAUAGAGUCCUCGGAGCCACAGGCUUUCCAAGACAGAGCUGUCUUGCUCAGCCCCAUCUUUAACAGCACUGAUACGGAAGGCUGUUCCUUCCGCUUCUAUUACCACAUGUUUGGGAAGCACAUUUACAGGCUGGCUGUCUACCAGCGAGUCUGGAGUAACACAAAGGGCCAGCUGCUGUGGCAGAUAUUCGGAGAUCAAAGCAACAGAUGGAUAAGGAACCACCUGUCCAUUUCCAGUACGCAGCCAUUUCAGGUAAGGAUAAUGGGCUUUCUGAUGAAGUGCAUCUGCCUGGCCAUCAAGGAUUCCCAAAGAAAAGUCAAAGAGAACAUACGACUCUCUGUUCUUUGUACCAUCCAUUUCCUCCCCUCCAAUUAUGAGGCUGAUCAAGGUAACUUACCAGCAGACCUUCCAACUCCACCACAAACAUCAGUUCCAGUAACAUUACCUCCGAACAACUGUACAGACUAUGAAUUUGCCUGCAGGUCCAGUGGUCACUGUGUUGAAAAAAUUCAGAUUUGUGAUUUUAGAUAUGACUGCCCUGACAAAUCUGAUGAAUUAUCCUGUGCUAUGGAAGUUUGUGACUUUGAAAACGGAAACUUGUGUAAAUGGCAUCAGCCAUUCCCAGAAAAUUUAAUGCAAGAUUCAAAUAUAUUCAGGUGGGGACUUGGUAAAGGAACUAGUGUUCACCAUGGUGAAGAGAACCACAGGCCAUCAGUAGAUCAUACAAAAAAUACUACAGAUGGCUGGUACUUGUAUGCAGAUAGCUCAAAUGGAAAGUUUGGUGAUGUGGCUGACAUCCUCACUCCCAUUAUUUCAAGCACUGGACCAGAAUGUACGUUGGUGUUCUGGACUCAUAUGAACGGUGCCACCAUUGGUUCUCUUCAGGUACUCAGCAAGAAAGACAACAUUACUUCUAAAUUGUGGGCCCAAACUGGACAGCAAGGAGCACAGUGGAAAAAAGUAGAAGUGUUUUUAGGUUUUCAGUCAGACAUGCAGAUUAUCCUCAGGGCAAAGCGUGGAAUUAGUUACAUGGGAGAUGUGGCUGUGGAUGAUAUUUACUUUCAAGAUUGUGCCCCACUCCUUAGCCCAGCUAGAAAGUGCACUGCUCAAGAAUUUACAUGUGCCAACAAGCACUGCAUCUCCAAGGACAUGCUGUGCGACUUUGUGAACGACUGUGCUGAUAAUUCAGAUGAGACCACUUUCAUUUGCAGUACCACCAGUAGGCGCUGUGAUUUUGAAUUCGACCUUUGUUCCUGGGAGCAAGACCAAGAUGAUGACUUUGACUGGAAUUUGAAGGCCAGUAGCAUCCCCGCUGUGGGGACAGAGCCUGCUGCUGAUCACACUUUGCGAAAUUCAUCUGGUCAUUACAUCUUUAUAAGGAGCUGGUUCCCUCAGCAGCCCAUGAGAGCAACCAGAAUUUCAAGCCCUCUCAUAAGCAGAAGGAGCAAAAACUGCAAGAUCAUUUUCCAUUACCACAUGUAUGGAAAUAGUGUUGGGGCCCUCACCUUGAUCCAGACAUCAAUAUCAAACAAAACAAAGAUUCUAGUAAACCUUACUGUGGAGCAAGGUAAUUUCUGGCAGCGGAAAGAAUUGCUAUUGUCUGGAGAUGAGGACUUCCAGCUCAAAUUCGAAGGCAGAGUUGGGAAAGGCCACCAUGGUGACAUUGCACUUGAUGACAUCAUCCUUACUGAGGGUUGCCUCUACAUCCAUCAUUCCUCGAAAGAAAAAUUUGCAGUGGUGCCUCUUCCAACAGGUCCCUGCCCCUAUGACUACCAGAAAUGUCUGGAUGGCAAAUUCUCUAGAGCAGAACAAAGCUGUAAUUUUGCAGAUAUCCGUGGGAAUCGUUCUGAUGAGAAUGAAUGCAGUGGCUCCUGCACUUUUGAGAAAGGCUUGUGUGGCUGGCAGAACUCCCUGGCAGAAAACUUUGAUUGGGUUUUGGGAGUUGGCGCUAAUCAAAGCCUAAGACCUCCCACGGACCACACACUGGGAGAUGAAAAUGGACACUUCUUGUACCUGGAGGCUACUCCAGUGGGCCUGAGAGGUGAGAAAGCACACCUCAGGAGCGUGACUUGGCAGGAAUCCAGUGCUGCUUGCACCUUGAGCUUCUGGUAUUUCAUCUCAGCGAAGGCCACAGGCUCCAUUCAGAUCUUAAUUAAGACCAAGACAAGACUCUCCAAAGUAUGGCAAGAAAGCGCACAAGGCUCUCACAAUCAUUGGCAAAAGGCAGUGGUGCUGCUGGGAAAGUUAAGGAAUUUUGAAGUCAUAAUUCAAGGGAUCAGAACAAGAGAUCUCGGGGGUGGAGCUGCAAUUGAUGACAUUGAAUUCAAAAACUGCACAACUGUAGGAGAGACUUCUGAGGUUUGCCCAGAAACCACAGACUUCUUGUGCAGAGACAGAAAGUGUAUUGCAUCCCAUCUUGUCUGUGAUUAUAAGCCUGACUGCUCAGAUGGGUCUGACGAAGUUCACUGUACCCAGUAUACAAGCACAGCAGGGAGCUGCAGUUUUGAAACAGCUUCUGGAAACUGGACCACGGCCUGUCAUCUUGUUCAAGACUCUAAUGAUGAUAUGGACUGGGUUAUUGGCAGCAGUAUUCCUACAGAAACAUUGACUCCAGAAUCUGAUCAUACACCAGGUAGUGGCGGGCUUUUCCUCUAUGUCAACUCAUCUGGCUCAGAAGAAGGCGCUACUGCAAGAAUCACUACAUCCAAAGUCUUCCCAGCAAGCCUUGGAAUGUGCACUGUUUGUUUCUGGUUCUACAUGAUUGAUCCCAGGAGUUUGGGAAUAUUAAAGGUGUACAUUAUUGAAGAAUCUGGACUGAACAUCCUGGUGUGGUCAGAGAUUGGAAACAGAAGAAGUGGCUGGAUGUCUGGACACGUACCUCUGUCUAGUUAUAGUCCAUUUAAAGUGGCAUUUGAAGCAGAUUUGGCUGGAAUGAAAGACAUCUUUAUUGCCCUUGAUGACAUCACCUUUACCCCAGAAUGUGCUAUUGGGGGUCCUGUUACAAUACAGCCAUUGCCCUGUGAAGCCAAACAAUUUUCUUGUGUCUACACUUCCCAGUGCAUCCGCCUGUCAGAGAAAUGUGAUGGACAGGAAGAUUGCAGAGAUGGAUCUGAUGAACUGAGUUGUCCUCUCCCUCCCACUCCUCAGCAAUGUGGUAGAAAGGAGUUCCAGUGCUCAACCGGCCUGUGUAUCCCAUCGUUGCUGCUCUGUGAUGGAGUGCCCGACUGCCCCUCGAAUGAAGAUGAAUCCAUCUGCUUCAAUGAGAGCUGUUCGAAUGGAACACUCGCGUGUGUCUCCUCCAGCAGCUGCAUCCCACUACACAUGCGCUGUGAUGGCUUUGUUGACUGCCAGGAUUUCCAAGUGGAUGAAUCCAGCUGCUCAGAGUGUCCAACAGAGUAUUGCAAAAAUGGUGGGACUUGUGUAUUAGAGAAAAAUGGACCUUUGUGUAGAUGUGAACAUGGAUGGGAAGGAAAUCGAUGCCACAUUCAGUCUGUCCCACCAACAUCAGAUUUCUCAUCUCUGACAAAUAAUUUCUGGACUGUCCUGGGUAUUGGAUUAGCUUUCCUGGUGACUCAUAUUAUAGUUGCAAUCUUGUGUUUUCUUGCAAAUAGAAGAGUACUCAGGAGGGGAGCAUUUCUAAAGAUACCAAGAAAAGAGAAAAGUCAUUCUCUGCAAAUUACAAAAACAGGGAAUAGCUGGCCCACUUUCUGGGGUAAAUUUUUGGUUUUGCUUCAGGAGGCUCACUUUGAAGAACUAAGGUUCUAG